AUGGAGGAUGAGGAAGAGGAUGCCUUGGCCAGGAGCCGCCAGGAGCCCGCCAUGGAGGUAAGGCCUGCAGUGGUCCCUGGGAAGCUGGAGGUGGGGGAUGCAGAGUUCAGGAGGAAAUCUCUCCCUUCAGGGUGGCGGUCCCAGGUGAGAAAGGUGUGGCUGGCAGACCGGGAGGAGUCGGACUCUGCUCUGGCUGCGGGAAGCUGUGAUCGCACAGACGGAAGGGAACGUGUUGCGGUAAAGAGAAGGGCAGGAUCAGGUCCCAAGCGUGUUUGCGCUCAGAGACUAGCCUCUGUGCCUAGUGAUAGCAGUCUGGGCUGCGCAUAAACAGAAACCCCGGCAACACAUGCAGCUCAGAUGCCAAACGGAUAAAACAACCGCACAACUUUCCAAAGGUGUUUGACAGCAGCCCUGUGUCGGGAAGUUUUGAAUGUUUGACGUCUGCUGUGUUUUUACCAUGUUGGAAGCUGCACAGAGCGGCUGGGGCAACCCAGUGAGAUGGGCAGGGUGUCAAUAAUAAAAUUAUUGUUAUGAUUAGUUAUGGUGGGCUGCGGUUCCUGCGUUGCAGGGGGUUGGUCUAGAUGACUCUUUGGGUCUCUUCCAGCACUAUGAUUCUAAGGACAGAGGGAAAGGCUGGCAGAGGCAGGCAGGCAGGUGAGCCAGAGAGGCACAGGGCGGGGGGGCGGGGAAUCAGGCUCUGCAAGGGGCUCUCUUGUACCUUGUUGUACACAAAAUCUGCCCUCAUCCCUUAUGGGGGACACAAGAACCCUUUAGAGAGUCCUUUGUAGGUUCUCCAUCGGUAGGAGAAAAGAACAGAGGCCAACCAGAGAAUACUGAGAAGCAAAGCAGCUCGUAAGCCCGAUCUUUAUUGAUCUGUUGCAACAGGGUCCUCACAGCCACACGCAGGAAAGGAGGAGGACCCAGAACAAAGGUGUGCAAGCCCUUAUAUAGACAUUUUAAAUUGCCUGCCCUGGAGCUCCAGACCACCCCUCCAUACAUCAUACAUACAUCACAGAAGGGGUGUAACCCAAGACCACCCCCCAGAUACAUCAUACCUACAUCACGGAAAAGGUGGUCUACAACAGAAAUGUGAAAGUUGUUGUUUUUCCUGUCUGCCAGGUUAUCUGAUAAUGCCUUAUCUGAUUUCCUUUCCUGGUAGUCUGGCCAUUCCUUUGAGAUGGUGAUUUCCCAAUUCCUCACCCUCUCCCUCCUUGCAGGGAAAACAUUUGGUCAGUUUGGAGUCAAAAUGGUUUCAGGACGGUCUUCCUGUGCUGAUCUAUGUACGCGCUUGGUUGGUACAUUUAUGAACAUUUAUUAUAUAUAUAAGACCUUAAAUUUUAUUAUUACAACCUUUAAGCAUUAUUAAAGGUGGGGUGCUGGUGCUGCUCUUGCUAGGAUUUGCACCCCAAGUGCAGACUCACGGACCCCCAGCAAAGCAAAGCAAAACAAAGCAAAGGGGGCGGCGGAGCCCCUCCGGGCCCAAAGGGUGCCAAGGCUGGUUGGAAGUAACUGGCCGGUUUUGGGGGGAUCCCUGGGCUUUUCUGUGGGAGCUCACUUCCCCGACUGGAGCAAUGUGCUCCAGUCACGGCUGGGACCUGCCUUUCUGGGGAUUUGGUGGUUAAUGAGGAUUAUGCACUUCGUGAAGGAAAGAGGCGUAAAACUAGAGGGUUAGAAGCAGAGACACGCAAGGCGGGCAGGGCAGGUCGGGUCCUGACUUAACCCUGUUAUAAGAUAAAACUGCUCCUUUUCCCUUAUGGGGUACCCAAGAGCCUUUUGUAGGUUCUCUAUCGGCAGGAGAAAAUAACAGAAGCCAACCAGACAAUAUUGAGAAGCAAAUCAGCUCGUAAGCCUGAUCUUUAUUAAACUGUUGCAACAGGGUGCUCACAGCCACAUGCAGGAGGGACCCAGAACAAGGGUGUGCAAGGCCUUAUAUAGACUUUUAAAAUUGCCACCCUGCAGCCCAAGACACCCCCCCCCAUACAUCAUACAUACAUCACAGAAGAGGCGGUCUACAGCAGAAAACCUGCCUGCCAAGGUACCUGAGAAUGAUCACUGAUUACAUUAUUUGGGCAGCCUGGCAAUUCCUUUGUGAUGGUAAAUACUCAGUUCCUGAAUCCAGGUCACAGGCUCACACAGAUACCCCUUAAGACAGGGGUCAGCAACCUUUUUCAGCCAUGGGCCAGUCCACCAUCCCUCAGAUCAUGUGGGGGGCCAGACUAUAUAUUUUUAAAAAAUGUAUUUUUCUUAAAUAUUUUCUUCAUUUACAAGGCCAGACUAUAUUUUGAAGGAAAAAGAAAAAAAGAACGAAUUCCUAUGCCCCACAAAUAACCCAGAGAUGCAUUUUAAAUAAAAGCAUACAUUCUACUCAUGUAAAAACAUGCUAAUUCCCAGACCGUCUGCGGGCUGGAUUGAGAAGGCAAUUGGCACUAUGGCUCUCCAUAGUGAGGGUGUCAGGAUCAGCACCCAGGUCCCAAAGCCCUGGCUGUGCCCUUCCUGGCCACUCUCCUUGGGCCCAGGCCUGGUCUGCCCUUGCAGCCUGUGGAGGCUUCGAAGCAGCUCAAGGGGGUCCCUCUCUUGUGCUCACAACCAGUGCCGGAAUUACAUAUAAGCUAAACAAGCUCUAGCUUAGGGCCCCACUCUCUUGGGGCUCUUGUGAUGUAAGUCAUGGGCCCCACCUGCUAGCCUGCUCCCUAAAAUAUCCCUGGUUUGCUCCUUUCUAUAUAUAGGGUGCCGACAUUCUGCAUAAUGUCCAUAUAGUUAAAGCUAUGGUUUUCCCAGUGGUGAUGUAUGGAGGUGAGAGCUGGACCAUAAAGAAGGCUGAUCACCCAAGAAUGGAUGCUUUUGAAUUCUGGUGCUGGAGGAGACUCUUGAGAGUCCCAUGGACUGCAAGAAGAUCAAACCUAUUCACUCUGAAGGAAAUCAGCCCUGAGUGCUCACUGGAAGGACAGAGCCUGAAGCUGAGGCUCCAAGACUUUGGCCACCUCAGGAGAAGAGAAGACUCCCUGGAAAAGACCCUGAUGUUGGGAAAGAUGGAGGGCACAAGGAGAAGGGGAUGGCAGAGGACGAGAUGGUGGGACAGUGUUCUCGAAGGUACCAGCAUGAGUCUGACCCAACUGCGGGAGGCAGUGGGAGACAGGAGUGCCUGGUGUGCUCUGGUCCAGGGGGUCAAGGAGAGGCGGAUAUGACUAAAUGAUAACAACAUUCUGCCUGGACUGGUUGCAGGGCAACAUGUGCAAAUGGCUUGCGCUACCUAUGAGGUCCAUCAAUUACCAUAGAGCAUCUAUUCAACACAAAAAACAGCAACAAUUUGUUGUUGAUGAAGGACAGCUGGACAUCGAAAGGGCCCCGUUACCUUCAGGAGCUGUCCACAGCGGUCAACGUUUCCCUUUUUUAAAGGGAAAUUCCUUUAUUCCGAAUAGGAUUCCUUGCGAGAAAAGGGAAAAGUUGACAGCUAUGCCUAAAUCCCGCCCUGCUCUCAACAACCCUGUGAGGCAGGCAAGCCUAAGGGAGGCUCAGGGUUUUUUGAACCCGGGCCUCUUCGCUGCUGCUCCACACUCUGCUGCCUCUACAUGCUCCCCCCCCCCCGGGAAAGCAUGGGGGGAAAGAAGCAUCUUCUUGGGACCCGCAGCAUCUUCUGGGCAUCCCUGUGCCCCCCUCCCGCCUGCCAUGGUACAGCCCGUUCCUUCUCGCCCCCCCCGCCCGCUGCCUGGGUGGACCAGGCCUCCCUUUCGCGCUGCGCCUCCUGCAGGCGCCUCGGGGAACUGCAGGGCUCGGGGGCGAGCGGUUCCCUUGCCACGUGACUCCUGCGCGCGCUCCCAUUGGCCCGCCGCUCGGUUCCCUCAGGGCCGCUCGGUUGCCCGGCGCCGAGGCAGCGGCUCCAACGGCGGCUUCUCGGAGGGAGGGAGGCAGGCCGGUAGGGAGCGGAAAGGGCCGUGGGGCCGGGCAGGGGGCCGCUCCGGGGGCCGCGGCGACGACGAGAGCCGGCCUGGCCCGUUGAGCUGGCUUGCACGUGCGAAUGCAGACAAACUUGCGUGUCGCGGGUCGCGCGCUCCUCUGGGCCUUCGGGGCCCUCGCGCGGGGCGGAGCCUCCUCUGGAGGAGAGAAGCGGGCGCGAGGGGGGCGGCGGCGGCGGCAUCAGGGCAGCGCGGGGUUAACCUGCGGAACUCCCCGCCACAGGAGGCAGCAAGAGCCGCCAAGCGAGAUGGCUUGGGAAGAGGUUGAUGUGGAGCUUCAGACCAUAUUUUGCGCUCUCCUCUUUCACCCUCAUUAAAAGGUUCUUUAAUUCCUCCUCACUUUCUGCCAUCAAGGUUGUGUCAUCUGCAUAUCUGAGGUUGUUGAUAUUUCUUCCGGCGAUCUUAAUUCUGGUUUGGGAUUCAUCCAGCCCAGCCUUUCACAUGAUGAAUUCUGCAUAUAAGUUAAAUGAGGGUGAAAGAGGAGAGCGCAAAAUAUGGUCUGAAGCUCAAAAAAACGAAGAUCGUGGCCACUGGGCCCAUCACCUCCUGGCAAAUAGAAGGGGAAGAGUUGGAGGCAGUGAGAGAUUUUACUUUCUUGGACUCCAUGAUCACUGCAGAUGGUGACAGCAGCCAUGAAAUUAAAAGACGCCUGCUUCUUGGGAGAAAAGCAAUGACAAACCUAGACAACAUCUUAAAAAGCAGAGACAUCACCUUGCUGACAAAGGCCCGUAUACUUAAAGCUCUGGUUUUCCCAGUAGUGAUGUAUGGAAGUGAGAGCUGGACCAUCAAGAAGGCUGAUCACUGAAGAAUUGAUGCUUUUGAAUUCUGGUGCUGGAGGAGACUCUUGAGAGUCCCAUGGACUGCAAGAAGAUCCAACCUCUCCAUUCUGAAGGAAAUCAGCCCUGAGUGCUCACUGGAAGGACAGAUCCUGAAGCUGAGGCUCCAAGACUUUGGCCACCUCAUGAGAAGAGAAGACUCCCUGGAAAAGACCCUGAUGUUGGGAAAGGUGGAGGGCACAAGGAGAAGGGGACAAGAGGACGAGGUGGUGGGACAGUGUUCUCCAAGCUACAAACAUGAAUCUGACCAAACUGUGGGAGGCAGUGGGAGACAGGAGUGCCUGGUGUGCUCUGGUCCAGGGGGUCAAGGAGAGGCGGACACGACUAAGCGACUAAACAACAACAACAUAUUGCAAUGUGAAUUGUAAUUAGAGAUUGACAAAAUGUGGAUUUUGUUGGGUUUUAGUCAUGGAAAAUGAAUGUAAAAAUUAAGGGAAAACAGAAAGAGGACAGGACAAGUACAGUGGAGGCAGCGAGGCUUCUGGAUCCCAGUGGCAGGGAGGCGCAGGAGGGAAGAGGGUUGCUCUUUCUUGGGCUUGGAUCCUGCGCGCAGGUUUCCCCAAAGGGGCACCUGGAACCCAGAACAGGAGGCUGGACCCCUUUGGCCUCAUCCUGCAGGCUUUUCUGAGGUCCUUCUCUGCAGGGCACGGAGCAGAGGGAAGCCUGGGCAGCCACUUGCGGGGGCCCAAGCCUGCAGUAAGUGGGGAUUUCUACCCCCCCCCCAAGGCCACUAUUCCAGGAGGCUCAGCAUCAAGGUGUCUUUAAAAAAUAAGCCUGGUUUUGUAAAUUAUUUCAAGUUCAAGCAGACUGCUUAAAGAAAUGAAAGUGGCGUACAACAAACCAGCAAUGUAAACUAUCAGUGAAGUUUCACAGGCUCUUCCGUUUCACUUCUGUUUCCAUGUAUCUGAAGAAGUGUGCAUGCACACGGAAGCUUAUACCAAGAACAAACUUAGGUAGUCUCUAGGGUGCUACUGGACAAUUUUUAUUAUUUUUUAUAUAUAUUUCACAGGCAGAUUGAGACAGCUACAGUGGUACCUUGGUUCUCAAACGUCUUGGUUCCCAAACACCGAAAACACGGAAGUAAGUGUUCUGGUUUCUGAACGUUUUUCAGAAGCCGAACGUCCGAUGCGGCUGCCGGCUACUGUUUCUGGGUGCCUGCACCAAUCAGAAGUUGUGCCUUUGUUUCCAAACAUUUCGGAAGUCAAACAGACUUUCGGAACUGAUUAAGUUUGAGAACCGUGGGAGCACUGUAUUUGGCGCUUUUGUUUUUGCUAUUCAUUUUGUGUUUUUGUUUUUGAGGCUCUUUCGGUUAAUUUGUUUUUGUGACUAUGUGGAACCCAGUUCAGCUACUAUUGAUUGUGUGAUGGCGGAAAUGGCUAAAAGCCCCCAGCCAAACAAUGACUAUCAUCAGUCAAGUAAGAAUUAUUUUUUAAAAAUUUUUAUCAUCUGUAAUACUGUCCUAUUCAUUUUAUAGUACAGUACAUUGAUUAUUGCCUUCAUUUUAUGGAUCAAUGGUCUUGUUAGAGAGUAAAAUUCAUGUUACAUUGCUGUUUUAGGGGUUGUUUUUAGAAUUCUGGAAUGGAUUAAUCCAUUUUGCAUUACUUUCUAUGGGAAAGCGCACCUUGGUUUUGAAACGCUUUGGUUUUGGAACAGACGUCUGGAACAGAUUAAGCUUGAGAACCAGGGUACCACUGUAUAGGAACAGAAUGAAUGAUAAAAUAGCAAGGACUACGGCCAGGUCACUAAUCCAGUGAGGCUUUAACAUCCCAGUUUCACAGAUGUGCUUGUGGGGUCUGAAGUGGUGGUGACUGGCUGAGACCUUGAGGUUACAGUGGGCAGCUCAGGGAAGAUGUUGAGCCAGCGUGUGGCAACCGUGCAAAGGGCAAGUUCCAAGCUAGGCGUCAUUAGGAAAGGGAUUGCAAAUAAAGCUGCCAAUACUAUAAUGUCAUUUAUACAAAUCAGUUGUGCACCCUGUGUGCAAUUCUGGCUGUUCUUGAGCUGGGAAAGUUUCAGAAAAGGGCAGCCAAGAUCAUCAAGGGGUGGAGCGAUUUCACUGUGAAUAAAGGUUGCGGCAUUUUGCAAACGACUACGUGAUAACGGUGUAUAAAAUUAUGCACAUUUUGGAGAAAGCAGAUAGGAGAAGUUUCUCUUUCAUCAUACUAGAAAGGAGGGCCAGCCAAAGAAACUGAAUGUUGGAAGGUUCAAGACAGACUUCUCCACACUGUCCAGAGUUAAAACUCUUCUUCUUUGGCUAUCCCUCGUAGCCGAGUAAGAUUGUCUUCCAUGAACAGGGUCUUUACAGUGAGUCCGUAAGUGACCGUGGAGGCCAAUUCUGGAUUCACACGUCCUUCCACAGUGGGGACAUUGGUUUCUGGGCGGGAGUUGAUCACGGUGUUGAUUUGCCAAACGUGCCUUUCUUGUAGCUCGUUUCUCCCUUUCGUCCUGAGUUCGAGUAUCUUCAAAGCCCGUGACACCUUUGGUCAAGGCUGUUCUUCAGUUGGAGUGCUGGUAGGCAAGUGACGGUGGCUGUCAAGAUUAUACCUCAACGAAGGCUUCAAGGAAGGAAACCAAGGCGCAAAAUGAACACUCAAGCUCCACAAGAUCCCAUUAAGUGGAAUUGCUUCCAAACGACUCUUAAGGACUAUCUGCCUUCAGUUGGAAUUUGCAACAGCAAGAUUGAGUGCUAGCUACCCAUUUUGGUAGCCGAGGACAAAGCUGUCAGUGGCCACCAGCCACAAUGGGCAGGCUCUGCCUAUGCUGGGGGAGGCAGGAUGCCUCUGAACCCCCCUUGCUGGGACUGGCAGGAAGGAGCCUCUGUCUUGCCGCUUUGAGAGCAGCUUUCUGCAAAAGAUGGGCACCCUUUGGCCUGAUCCUGUGGCUGAGCUCUUAAGGGCUGCCCCCACUCUGGAAGAUUCCCAGAGCCAAAGUCUGGAAGCAAAUGGCAGCCAGUGAAACGCCCCUGUUCUGAAAAGGCCCCUCUAGCUGCCCCUGGCUCAGACUCACCCAGCGUGGCUGGUCCCUGAUUCUGGUCCUAGGAAGCAUGCAAGGUUUCCAGAGACAUUGCCCAGAGUUGCGGGGAUCAGGGUGCAGUGAGGCUGCCUCUCUGAAGAGGCAGGGGUGGGUGCAGUUUCAGGGCUGACCCUUCUGUCUUUCCACAGGUGAUUGAGGCCGAGGCUGUGGGCUUGAACGCCAUCUUCCUGUUCCUCAUGUCCCGUGUAUCGCAGGCCUCGGGGGGCAUCUUGCCACCGCUCAGCUCCCUGGUGGGGCCCAGGAAGGUCUUGCCAGCUGAUGGAGGGGAACACCUGGAGGCAGCUGACACAGGUAGGUAGGGGCCUCUGGUUCCUGCCAGAGGCUUCCAGUUGUUUCUUGCUCUGCCCACUGCACACAGCAGAGAUGGUGCCCAAAGGAAGCUCCGUUCAGGAGGACUGGAGCGCUCCCAGUCGUGCUUCCCACCCUCGCUUGACUGUAAGGAAAGUGACGGGUGGUUUUGCACUGGAAUGUCCUUCUCACAGAAGCACUUCUGGAAAGCGGGGGGUGGGUGGGGUGGGGAGGAACCCGCUGCCUCCCUCCUGCGCUGCCCCCCUCCUGCUUCUGGGAGAUCCCUUAAUUGCAUUUGUCCGUUCUUCCUGCUGCUCGGCUGCUCCAGGCAGGCCAACUUAAUCCUCGGAAUUAGCAGCCUGCUGCAGGCAGACCAGGUCCCAGCGGGGCAGCAGAGGUGACUGACCUCCUGGCAGACCUUGGCAGGACGGAGGGGAAGGGCAUGGCUGUGGCUGCCCAGGUGAUGCCAGCCUGCUGAGGCAGCCCCGCCGCAAAGGGUUGGCAUCAGACUCCUGUCUCAUUGCAGGCUCCAGAUCGCUGACGCCGCUGGCCAAGUCCUUCCAGAAGGCGGAGGCUCUCCUGCGCCACUGCGUCAACCCCAGCCUGUGGCGCCUGCUGCCCCCGCGCCCCAGCGAGAGCGCUUACGACAGCGAGGAGGAGGACUCUCCCGGAGGCCUGGCCCGCCUGGCCCAGGUGGAGCGCAGCUUCCUGGGGCUCAGCCGCUGCCUGUGCGUGAUGGAGAACCCCCGCACGGAGACCUUCCAGGCCCACGUGCGCCCAGCCCUCCCGGACACGGCCCGGGGCGCCUUCACUUACCACGCGGCCCGGAGCAGCGUGGCUCGCCAGUGCGCCACUCUCCACGCUCUGCUGCAGCACCGCCACCACCUCCGCCUCUCCCGCCACUUCAGCCGCCGCCUCAAGGCAGCUUCGGCCUUCGUGCAUCACCUGAUGGCCGCCGAACGCUGCCUGCCGCCCCUGCUGCCGCUGGCCGGCCAGCCGGACGCCACCUGGGGCCGCCAGCUGCGGGGGCUGUGCGAGGAGAUGCGCACCCACGCCACGCACUGGGAGGGGCUGCAGCGGCGCAUCCGCAGCGACCCCUGGCUGCGGCACAUGCUGCUGCAGCGCCACGAGGUGGUCCAGCACAUGAGGCGGGCCCUCUGCUUGCUGGCCCUGCACGCCGUCUGCCUCCUGGAGCGCCACAUUGAGGCCUUGCUGCGCAGCUUGGCCCAUGCCCUUCCUGUGCCCGCUGCCCCGCUGUCUGACCUGUUCCAGGGGCUGGAGAUCUACAACCAGGUGGUGAACGACCAGGCACUGCAGCAGGCCUUCCUGGAGCAGCCGGCCAGGAAGCCAGGCCUGCAGAGAACAGUGAGCAGCUCCCCAGCCUUCCCCCUGGAGAGGAUCUUGGGCAUCCUGGCAGCAGAGAGGGGCAAGCGGGCCGCCCAGAGGCUGCACCCGCUGCUCCUCCGAGGGGGGGGUCUGGAGCCUGCGCCUUGGGGUGGGGACGCCAAGCCUGGGCUCCUGGAAAGGGCCCUCCAGGCCUCUCCGGCAGGCGAGGGUCUUCCCAGCCUCUCGGUGGAGCUGCAGGCCUUGUGCCACGAGGAGGAAGAGGGCCUCCUUGUUGUCCUGGGGGAGCUGGUGGCCUCCACGGACAGCCUGUGGCAUCAUGUCCUGAACCGGCCCAAGCCGGAGAAGCCCCUCGAAUGCUUGGAGCCGACCGACCUGCCUCAGGGGCCGGACUCUGCCUCACUGCCCAGCUGGAAGUCUGUGCGUUGGCUGGACACCUCCUUCACAGAGGCGGCUGCAGCGCUCUAUGCCCAGUACUGCCCGCUGAUGUGGAGAGCGGCUGCCUCUUCCUUGGCCCACCAGCUGGAGCUCCACCCGCCCCUGGCGCACUUCCAACCGGGGGCAGCGGCUGCUUUGGCCCGGCGGCUGAGCCGUGGUCUGGCACAGGGUAAGUCAAACUGCGGAACUCCCUGCCACAGCAGGCAGGGAGGGCCGCCGACUUGGACAUCUUUAGAAGAGGAUGGGGCAAAUUCGUGAAGGAGGAUAGGGCUCUCAAUGGCUACUUGCCAAGAUGGUUGUGUUGUGCCCCCACAGUCGGAGGCAGCAGCGUUUUGAAUACCAGUUUCUGAAAAGCACAAGAGGGGAGAGGACUCUUGCCACUCGGCUCCUGUUGUGGGUAUCUGGCUGGCCACUGGGGGGGAGGCAGGAUCCUGGGCUAGAUAGGCCCCCCCCCCCGGCCACAUCCAGAAGUCUCUUCAGAGGUUCUUAAGUGAAGGUUCUUGGCUGACGGUGGGGUUGAGACAAUGCCAAGGGGACCUGCCGGGAUGGCAUUCCAGCCCCCUGCCUCCCUUUCUGCCUCCGAGGGGUCUUUGCCUUCCCUACAGCCCACUUCCCAUCACUUUCCCCAGGCCUUGAUGGUGCCCCUGUGGAUUGCGUGAGUCUUGCCCGUGUGUGGUCUGACUCGCCAGCAACUUCCCUGUCCCACAAAAAGGGCUGCGCUGCCAGUUUGGCGGGGGAGGCAGGGACCCGGCGGGGCUCCUGCACUUCUGCUUCCGGGAUGCUGGUGCCCUCUCAGCCCCGAAGGGACAGGCAAGGCCCACACCCACCUGGGGCUGCAGUUUUGGAGGUCAAAGGAGAAAUGGGCACCUGCAGCCCAAGGGGAAAUCUCCCUGACCAGUUCCUUCCUGUGUCUGGUGGAAUAUGCCCUGUGAGGGGCCGCUUGGAUUUUCUUUUCUCAGUCCCUAAACACCUUGGUAUGGCCUCUGGGAGACUCCGAUUCCAUCUCGGGAUCCACAGCCCUCUGGAAUUGGGCUAGGGGUCCCUGCCUGCCACUCUGGGGGGGAACAGGCAGUCUGGUCCCCGUGGGGCUCAUGCUCCCUUGCUCCCUCUGUGUCUCUGCAGCCUGUGUGCCUCGGGAGAGCGCGGAGGAACUGAAGGCCUUGGCGCUCCACCUGCUUACACGGGAUGUCCUCCAGUACUGGGACCAAGGUAGGGCAGUCACUGUUGGCAGAGGUGGGGGCUGCGGGACAAGGGCUGAGUGAAGGGCCGGCCUUGGGGCGGGAGAUAGAAUCACAGAGUUGCAGAGUUGGGAGGGACUCCUGAAGGUCAUUUAGCCCAGCCCUCUGCAAUGCAGGAAUCUGAACUAAAGCAUCAGUGACUGAUGGCCCCCCAACCUCUGUAUGAAAGCCUCCAAGGAAGGAGAGUCUACCCCCUUCUGAGGGAGUCUGUUUCAUCUUAGAACAGAUGGGAUUUUUUGUUUUUUGUUUUGUUUUUUGCAACAAAAAUCAAUAAAUUAUAAAAUAUCAAAUAAAAUGAAAUAAGAGUAGAGUAGAAGGGGGAUAUCUAGAGCCCAACAGAUAGCAACUGAUUUCCGUAACCAAGUUGAACAUCAUAAUAUCACAAAGUUUCAAGUAACAGAAACGGGUUUGCAUUCUCCAGUACCUUAUUCCUCCCAUAUGUUAUGAAAAGGCUCCGUCUCUCAAUGAAGACAUUGGGUUCUCACUGUCUUCGUAAGCUCCAUCGUACGUACUGUGCCCAGAUUUUAGUUUUCCAUUCUCUCUUGGGUGGUGCUCUCAUCCCCGCCCCCUUCAAUUCUGACAAAUAAUCACUCUGGCAGUACUUAAGAGAUGUUGCACUGAUUCCAGAUCAUCUGUUAGUACAAUUUCUGUAACCUACCAAAUAGUAGAGUUAGAGGAGCCACGGGUGAAGUUAUUACUUCAGCUGGGAGGCAGCUCCUCGGUCCUGUCCCUGUGGAGUGCCUGCUCAGUGACCCCAUCCGAACUUGUUCCCUUUCCGUCCCAGGUUUCUGCCAGGCUCUGGGCUCCAGCCUCACCGACAAAUGCUUGGGGAAGCCUGCCCAGAGCACAGAGGUGGCUUGCAGCCAGACGGCUCAGCUCCUGCAGAGCCUCUACCUGCCCUUGGCCUUCAGCCUGCAGUGCCUGGACUCCCAGCCCACGGACAGCACAGGUGAGUGGGGGCUGCGCUCUGUGGGGCAGAUUGGAGGGACAGCUGGGCCCCGCCUCCCUCCUCCACUGACGCCCUUUCCCCCUUGCAGCCGGCAGCCUUGUCCCAUCCGGCCUCCACCUGCGGCUGCUCUCCCUCUCGCUGGCCACCGCUCACUCCUCCUGCUACUGGGUCAUGAGCAAGGCUUACCAGUACUUGGCUUCCUGGUCCCUCAACCAGUUCCUCCUUGUGACCCAGGGGGACUUGCAGGCAAGUAGAACCAUGAGUGGUGGGCUGGGAGGGGGGGGUUCCUUCCUGAGGUCAGCCAGGCGCUGCAGGAGAGCAAAAUGCCAAGGAUCCAUCCCCAAAGCCGUCCGCUUAGCCCACAGUCCAGCUGUGGGCAUCGCCUGUGUCUCUCUUGGCCAGAGAAAGAGCGAAAAGUCCUGGCCAGUGCAGAGAGAGGAUUGCGCCAGAACGAGCUCCUCUAAGGCCUCCUGACUCCUUCCUACAGCUGCUGAAGGCAGAGGCCACCAGGAUGUCUGCACUGGUGAGCACGGCUUUUCCUGAGGGCAGGAAGCAGCAGAGCCCCCUCCUCUCUGGCCAGGAGCAGGAGCUGAGCCAGCAGAUCCACUCCACAGCUUCCAGUGUCCAAGUAAGUGCCGGGGGUCCCAGCCUGCCUUGCCCCACUCUCCUCCCAGCAGCCUCUAGGAUCCUCCUGGCUGACCUUGACGCUGGCUUUGAGCUCUGAGGCCUGGAACACAGCAGGCUGGGCCUUCCCCAGCUCCAUAGAGAGGCCCUCUGCUUGCCCCCUGGCAGCCCUCCAACCUCCUCAGUGGGGCUUGCGCAGGAGAAAUGGCUGGGGGCAACUGGGGGCUUUGUUUCCCACCCGCCCCAUGGCCCCUUUCCUCCUCUGUUGCACAGCUGUUUGCGAACCAAGUGCUGACCCUGUUUUCCUUGGACUGCAAGCGCAUGUCGGCGGAGAUCUUUAGCCAAACCAUGCCCCUGGGCAAGCACUGGCGCCUCACCCUCCGAACAGGUAGGCCUGCAGGACACAGAGCAGCGCCCUCCUGGCUACUAGUCUUCCAUAGUUCUGCUCCUGCUGCCCUUGUUCGGUUUGUGGGCUCCCCACUGGGUCAUCUGGUUGGCCCUGUGGGGUCCAGGAGCUCCUGGCCUAAUCAGCAGGCCUUGCUUGGGUCUGAUCCUGCAGGCCUUGCCCCCUUAAGUCCUCCCGUUGCCCUUGCAGAGCUGCCGCCCUCCCCCAGCGAAUACGCCUUGGCUGCUGCCCAGAGCGUCCUGGGCCAGGUCUUGCUGGGCAUCCAGCUCCUGCCUCAAGAUGCCCAGGGACCAGCGCUCAGCCAGGUGACGACGGCCUUCUUGGAAGCCUGGAUGGACCACAUCCUGGCCCAGAAGAUCAAGUUCAGGUGAGCAUUCGUCCCGGAGGGAGAGGGGACUGGCCCUGCUGCCCCAGGAGGGUGGCAGGCUGGGCUGGGCUGCCCUUUCUCCCCUCUGACAGCCAGCCUUGCCUUCUGCCCCCCCCCCCAGCCUCCAGGGCGCCCUCCAGCUGAAGCAGGACUUUGACCUGGUGCGUGAGCUGCUGCAGUCGGAGGAUUAUGGUCUGUCUCCAGAGAUCAAGCAGCUGGUGCUCUCCCUCCGCGUCUUCCAGCAAGUGGACAACGCCAUCGCCUGCCUCCUGCAGCAGCCCCCCAAGACCUCCUUGCCCUCACACACCUGGGAUGCCUUCCACAAGUGCUGUGAGUGGGCCUGGGGGGGUCUGGGUGGGGGCGCCCUGGAGGGUCCCUUCCAUCAACCCAGGGGGUCUACGGGUGAGGAAGGUGCAUCCCUCUCCCAUCCAUGGCUGGGGGAAACCUCUGCCCCUCAAGGCCAGGGUCAGGAAAGCUGGAAAUGGAGCCUCUGCGCUCAGUGGCAGUCUACCUCUGAGCCGCCAGCAGAACUGGUGCGUCUGUAGAGUCCGAGGGAGACCCAGGAGGCCAAAUGGCGCCUCAGCUGCCCCCACAGGAGACUGGCUUGUUUGAGAGGGUUGUUUGGAAGUCUUGGGGAACGCAAGCGAGGCACUUUGAGCGCUCUGGAAGGGCGACAUCCGUGCCGCCGCAGAAGCCACUGCCGCCACCUCUGUGCCCUGCGCCGACUGGGCCUUGCGUUGGCUGCUGUUGGAAGUGGACUCUGCUCACUCCAAUCCCGCCAGAGCUCACUCUCUGACCAGAUCCCCUCCACAGAGGACCAGCGGACUUGGGAAGAGAUCCGGGUGGGAAGGGGGUUCUGUCCUAAAUUGCCCCAGAGACUCGGUCCUGGAGCAGACGGAGAAGUUCCGAAGGAAAGAGUGCCUCUGAGCCUGCAGAGGGGCCUUUUCCUGGCCACUGAGCAGCUGCAGAUUGGGACGUUUCAGUAGAGAAGGGCCGUAUCUCAGUGGCAAGGAAUAUCACAGAGGGAGAGUCUCCAGGUGGAGCUGUUGCUGACCAGCAGCUCCUCUCCCUGGCAGGCCCCGUCUCCUUCCUCAGCCGCUCUUCUUCCUCCCCCCCCAGGCUCCCACGACGGGAUUCGCACGCAGGACGGCGGCCCAGGCAGCCUGAACAGCCUGGAGAGCCUGGAAGGGCUGCCCACGCAGGCGAGGGCCGUGCUGGAGAGCCAGGCGGGCGACCUGCUGAGCCGCAUGCAAGGGGGCGGCUGCAGCCCCGAGACCUACCUCAGCCCCAUGCAGCAGGAGUGGCUGGCGCUGCGGCUGCACGGGGGCCGCCGCUGGAAAGUCCCUGCCCUGCCCUGUAUGAACAGGACCUCUGAGCCUUGA